AUGGAGGGAGAGAGAUGUUCCCUGGCCAAGCAGACUUCCCUGCAGGCAGUCCUCUGGGACCCCAGGGGCUGUGAUGGCCUGAUGGGGCUGGAGGAAGAGCAGGUCCCCAUUUGCCAGAGGCAGGUGAGCCCUGGAGGCGGUGAAGCCAUGGAGGCGGUGAAGGGAGGCAUGGACCUGGCUGUCCUCGAGUGCCAGUGCCAGUUUCACUCUCGCCGCUGGAACUGCUCCACCCUGCAAGGGCUGCAGGCCUUUGGCAAGGCCACCAUCCAAGGUCAGCGAGGGCAGGCUUGUCCGCUAACAUCCACCGCUGCUUUUGCUGUGAGCCGUGCCUGCAGCCGGGGGGAGCUGCAUAGGUAUCAUCCCUCAUGAUGGUGUGGCUGCGUCCGCAAGCUUCGAGGAGUCAGCCCUGAAGGUGAAGGAAGAAGAGGGUGCUCUGAUAACCUGUCUUAUGGGACUGCUUUCUCUCAGGCCUUCGUGGGCAGCCCUGAGAGGAGCCGCGGUGUCUCCUCCAGCCAGGCAGUCAUGAACCUGCACAACAAUGGGGCUGGGAGGGAGGCUCUCCUGGCCCACAGGAAGGUGCAGUCCAAGUGCCACGGCGUGUCGGGCUCCUGCGAGGUGCGCACCUGCUGGAAGCUCCUGCCUCCCUUCCGCCACGUGGGCAACGUCCUCAAGGAAGAGUUUGAGGGGGAACAGAGUUUUCCCGAAGCGGUCGGUUCCCGCCAGCUCCUGGUGCCCAAGAGCACUCGCUUCAAGCCCUGCACGGCUCAUAGCCUGGUCUGCCUGCGGGCCAGCCGGGACUUGUGCGAGCAGGACCCUCGGCACCUUGGCCACCUUGGGCAUCUUGGGCUCCUCGGGCCGCCGAGCGAGCGGGCACGACCGGCCAGGGACGGCUGCGAGCCGCGGGGCUGCGGCAGGGCCGAGGUGCGGGAGCGCCGCAGCUGCAAUUCCGCUGCUGAUCCUCCGCCAGGUGCAAGCAGGGCCGGCACCCCGUGGAGGUGCACAGGGGAGUCCCUCGGGGCCGAUGCCCAGCGGCGCCAUCAGCUCCCGUGUGCUCCCCCCAGCAGCCUCCCUCCAGCCGCCGUGGGCUGUUGUGGUUUGAAUUAUUUUUCCCGGUGGGUGGAGGGUUGGAGGACACAGGCCAAAUAA